AUGGACGGCGGCGACCUUCUGACGCUGCCGCCGGUGGUGACGUGCGAUGAAGACGUGCUGCCUGCCCUGCGUGCCCGCAAGAUCUGCAAGCUCUACUUCUACCUUGGCUUUGCCUGCCUGCCGUGGUUCUGGGCCUGCAACGUCUGGCUCUUUGCGCCAGACUUUUGGCACGGUGACCGCGACCUAGUGAUUGCCAAGUACACGCGGCGCUCGGCGCUCGGCUUUGCCGUCUACACCUGCAUCCUGCUGCCCUGGACGCUCAUGUACCUGAUCGCGGGUGAAAAGGUGCUGGGCAAGAGCACCUAUGAUGCGCUAGACAUCAAUUCGCUGGACCUGACUGGCACCGGGUUAGGGGCUGGGGGAUGA